CCAAACAAUCGAACGGUUGACAGAAACCCUUAGUUCCUCUAUAAUUUGGUCGGAUAACCCUUCUGAAACCCUCUCUCAUUCCGCCGCGCAUUCGCACCUCUCUACCGCCUCCAACUUUCUCUCUCCUCUGCUCAGCGCUUCUUCGCUGCGAAAAUGGUUUUGCAAAACGAUAUUGAUUUGUUGAACCCACCGGCGGAGCUUGAGAAGAAGAAGCACAAGCUCAAGCGUCUUGUUCAAUCUCCUAACUCCUUUUUCAUGGAUGUUAAAUGCCAGGGAUGCUUCAAUAUAACUACCGUUUUUAGCCACUCCCAGACUGUUGUUGUUUGUGGGAAUUGCCAGACAGUAUUGUGCCAGCCCACAGGAGGUCGUGCCAGACUCACCGAGGGUUGCUCAUUCAGGAGAAAGGGGGACUAGAGUACGAACUUGGAAGUAAUUUUGUUACCUGAAAGAGUAUGAACUUAGUUAUGAGUUGGUGAAAUGGAAGUAUUCAGUUGUCACUCAGAAUUUCUAUUACCUUUUGUUAUGUUUUCAAGUGCUCGAAGGCGCCAACUUAAUUUGAACAGUAGCUGUAGUCUUGUGGUCUCAGUUGAUUUUGUUUUUGAAAGAUUGUGAUAAUAUCAUAAUACUAUUGGUAUUCUGAGUGA